GAAACUGCAGUCUGAUAGUUAUGUUAUUUUGCUCACUUAAAUUGUAAUCAAGUGGUUGAACCGCGUGCGUUUAUAAAAGAUAUUGAUAAAAGAUAGUGUUCAAAGCAGUGGGACCCGAGACCAGGCAACCCGUCAAACAUGAGAGCACGGGGCAAGAUGCGGCUCCUGUCAGCGGAUACCUGGUUCGUCGUGUUUCUGGCAUCGCUCUGGGUUGUAUGGCGACUCAACCAAUCCUUCAAGGCCUUCACGCUGAGUCCUAGGCACUUCACCUGCACGUCCAAGACGCUGGCCAACGUGCCCGAGCGCUUUAGCGGAUUCAACAACACGCCGGGUCGCGGCGACGCGGACGACCUGCUCGUGCCGAACAUCAUCCACUUUGUGCGCAUGGGCGAGGAGAGCGAGGAGGUGCGUCCAGAGGAGGCCGCCUGCAUCAGCGCCGCCCUGAGGAGCCACCCCGGCUGGACCGUGCUGGUGCACACGGACCGCGAGCUGCGCGGCACGGCGUGGCAGCGGCUGCAGCGCGCCGCGCCCUGGGGGAGGCUGUCGGUGCAGCGCCGUCCCAGGCCGCAGCACCUGUUCGGGCUGCCCUUCCGGGACGGGGCGGCUCUGCACCGGGCCACCGCCCUGCGCGUGCUGAGGAAACACGGCGGUAUGUACGUCUCCAACUCGGCGUACCUGAUGGCCGAUCUGUCGACCUACCGGCGGUACGAGUGCGCCACCCUGGCAGGCGAGGAGGAUCCCGACGUGAUGCUGGCACACAGAGACGCCCGUCUGCUGCAGCGCUGGCUGCACCACUUCCACGACGCCGCCCUCGACUGGGCACACAGACCUAUGGCUCCGCCCCACCUGCACCACGCGGUAGACGGUGUGGAUAUAGUGAUGCACCUCAAGGACGUCGACGACCCGGAGGAGGCUAACGUCCACCAUGAGGAUUGGUACCUCUGGACCAACGACUGACCUGGUCUUUUCACCGGUUCGGAAGACGCUCUCUUUCCAGGGUUUCCCCGCAAAAUAUUGUGUUUGUAGUUCCAGAACUGAAGCCUAAUUCUUAAGAACUGUAAUCGUGAUAUUAUUAAAACUCCCUUAAUAUAGCUAAUUAAUAAAGACUAUGAACUUUCGAUAACAAACAA